AUGGAGUUUGAGAAGGCGUGGGAGGACAGGAACCCGCGGAAAGCCUAUGCUCUACAAAGACAUUAUAGCGGCAAAAUGAAAGGAUGCUCUCCUGUCCUCAACACUGCCAGUGGAGUAGCUGUCGGUGAAGCAACCCUUCCAAUUUGGAAGGAACACUUCAAGACCUUGCUGAACCGGCUGGCACCGUCAGCUCCUGAACUCGAACACAUUCAUAGACCGACAUAUGCGGUUAACGAGGAGUCACCGACCGAGUCGGAGGUCGUGGUAUGUAUUCAGAAAAUAAAGAAUGGAAAAUCUGAUGGAGAUGACGGGAUUAGCGCAGAAAUGCUAAAAUAUCUUCCUCCGUCUGGGAUUCUUGAGAUGACAAAGAUCAUCCGUUCAUGGAUAGACGAAAGGAUAUCUGAUUCGUGGAGACACGCUAUCAUAAUUCCCCUCCACAAGAAAUUAUCCGUCACGGACCCCAGGAAGUCCCAAGACCCCAGGAAUCUCUUUGCUGUGUGUUAUGUACAAGGUAUUGGAGCGCAUUAUCCUGGACCGACUCAUUAA